UUAAAAAACUCUUUUUAAUACCAGUACCAGGAACAUUAAUCAUGUCAUAAAUUCUCUGUAUCCAGAUUUGUAUGCAUAAUGCAUUGUCAUCUGGAUUUGAGUGACUCUUUUGGCCCAUUCCCAAGCCUCUGGGGAGAGUUUAAGAAAGGAAGAACUGAUAUUCUCAGGUAAAAGAGCAAUUUCUACCAUUCUCUCUCGAUUGAAGUGCGGUAGCUAUGUGAGGGGGCUGCAGGAUGAGUAUGGGUGUUAAGCUCAUCUUACUCAAUGUUUACCACAUGCACAUUGGAUCGCUAGUUGAUUACCCAGAUCUAUCGCUGAUUUUUGCGCGGGGGAUUGGUCAGAAGUCAUUGAUAUCUAUUAUCUAUCUACCAGUGUAUCACCAGUGUGCGGAGACAUUUGCUUUUUCCCAAUGAAGCGCUGAAUCUUCCAAGCCGAUGUUACAUAUAUAAAUUCUUGUAUCUAUAUAUCUCAGCAGGAUUAUUCUACCUGAAGUUUGCGACACAGACAUAAUACGAAAUAUCUCACCAUGCUGAUGUCGAUGUUUUCGCGAUCGCGGCUACGACUGUUUAUUAUUCUGGGCUUAGGCUUUGCUGAUGUAGUACGAGGUCAAUAUGGAGCUGUAGGAAUGGAAAAUGAGGGAAAUGCAUUGAGUCCGAGGUAUUAUAUGGGGUUGGAGGAGGGGAGGUUGUUAGGAAGAGAUAGCGGGGUCUGUGAAAGUGGUUCACAUUCUUGUAACUAUUCCCAAUUUUUAAUAUUUGUUUACAUGUCUUUCUCGUUAGGCCGACGAGUCUCCACAAUUGAUCUACUUCCCAAAGGAACCUUUGCUGAUUUCCAUCUCUACUCAAAGGUCUCGAUAUAAACGGAACAGGAAUAUGUUGUUCAAACUCCCAAUAUUGCAUAGUAUCCCCCUCCAAAGGAGCAGCCUGCUGCGCUAUAGGAAGCAAUUGCGAUUCUCCCUGCUCUUCCGAUUCCUAUCUCUGCAGUAAAACCACCACCGUUUUCUCCACCGCAACCGUAACAUCAACAUGUUGUCCCCGCGCCUGUCCCUCGGUAUCCCUCUACAAAUGCGCUGACUCUCUCGGAGGAGGCUGCUGCAACUACAAUGCUCAAUGCGUCUCUUCAGGAAGUUCCGCUGGUUGCGCAGUCACAUUAUCGAGCUCAUCAACUACAGCACUUGUCUCAAUUGUGCCCCCAGGCUGCACAACUAAUCAAAUUGCAUGCGCAAGUUCAAUGGGUGGAGGAUGUUGCGAUGUAGGAUUUGGAUGUACAGUUCUUAGUGGAACAAAUUAUUGCGCCGCAACCACCGGCACAUUAUCUGCUAUUCGUACAGGUAGUAAUGGAAUAAUGGCCACGGGUACCUCAAACUCCACAUCUACUUCUCACGGUCUAUCCACAGGUGCCAAAGCCGGAAUCGGCAUCGGAGUAUCAAUUCUCGCACUAGCAAGUAUAGGAGCCUGUAUAUAUUUCUUCACCAUCCACCGCCGACGUUCCCUCCAACCAAGAACAACUUCGAACCGCGAUGCCGAUAUACCUCCAGCCAUGUCCCAAUUCUCUGGCUCGCAUUUAUCUCACAUUGCUGCCUCGAAAGCAGGUUCAAAAACAUCAAAACUAUUUCGAUAUACGAGAAAAGAUUCUGAUUAUUUUAGUGCUACAGCACCGAGUGGACCUUUUACUGAGGGAAAUAUAGAUGCGACGACGAGUCCCGGGCACAGGUAUGGACAUGCGAAUCAUAGGGGUGUACCGGCGACACCGCAGAAUCCAAGUGAUAUUGCUGCACCGGUGGAGAUUGGAGGGAGAGAAAGAGAGAUGGAGAAAAGUGAGAGUAUGGUUACGACGCCCGGGGACGGUUGGGAGUAUGUUAAAGAGGGGAAGUUUAGGGAGGGGAUUACAGAGUUGGAAUGAAGCGCCAAGUUAUUCACUAGUUUAUUUUGUUUGUUGAUUUUUGGCGGAAGGGGUCUGGGUAUAUUCAACUGGUGAAUAAGUGAUGCCGAUUUGCACAGGUAAUGAACAUGUAAGGAUGCAUCAAGUCAUAUAACGCAUAAUCCCUUUUUGGUGGGAUAUUAAUCAACGAAUAACAAUCA